UCAUAUUUCUCUUAAAAAAAAACAAUUCAAGAUGAAUGAUUUGAUGACAAAAUCUUUCACAAGCUACAUUGAUCUGAAGAAAGCCGCCAUGAAAGAUGUUGAAGCUAGUCCAGAUUUGGAAAUGGGUAUGACCCAAAUGGAUCAAAAUCUCACUGCUUUCUUAGAAGAAGCAGAAAAGGUGAAAUUGGAGAUGAAUUCAAUCAAGGAGAUUCUUCGUCGGUUACAGGACACUAAUGAAGAAAGCAAGUCCCUGCACAAACCUGAAGCUUUGAAAUCGAUGCGUGAUGGCAUAAAUUCAGAUAUUGUAGCUGUGUUGAAGAAGGCUAGAGCUAUUAGAUCUCAGCUGGAAGAGAUGGACCGAUCCAAUGCGAUUAACAGGCGGCUUUCUGGGUGUAAAGAAGGGACAUUGGUCGAUAGGACUCGAUCUGCUGUGACUAAUGGGCUUAGGAAGAAGCUUAAGGAACUGAUGAUGGAUUUUCAGGGACUGAGGCAGAGGAUGAUGACUGAGUAUAAGGAAACUGUUGGAAGAAGAUAUUUUACUGUGACUGGUGAACACCCAGAUGAAGAGGUUAUUGACAAGAUCAUUUCUAGUGGAAAUGGUCAAGGUGGUGAAGAAUUUCUUUCUAGAGCAAUUCAGGAGCAUGGGAGGGGGAAGGUGUUGGAAACAGUGGUGGAGAUACAGGACCGUCAUGACGCGGCAAAGGAGAUAGAAAGGAGCUUGCUUGAGCUGCACCAGAUAUUCUUGGACAUGGCAGUGAUGGUUGAGGCACAAGGAGAGAAAAUGGAUGAUAUUGAACACCAUGUGGUGAAUGCAGCCCAGUAUGUUAAUGAUGGAGCCAAGAACCUCAAGACUGCAAAGAAGUAUCAAAAGAGCAGCAGGAAAUGUAUGUUCAUUGGAGUUAUAGUUCUCCUAAUUCUGAUCCUGAUAGUCAUCAUCCCCAUUGCCACCAGUUUCACCAAAUCUUGAAUUGCCAGCCCCAUUGGGGCUUGGUUUCAUUCUUUAUAUUCUUUUUAGCAGUUACUUUGAUCACUCUCGUGAGAAAUUCAUGUAUGUUUGUUAUUCUAUUUGUCACUAGUUAGUCCUUUUGAUAGGACUAUGAACCUUAAUGGAUUUGUUGUUACAAAAUUUG